UAGGUCUAUAUAGUGUUUAUUAGUUGACUUGGCUAUUUCUACAUCGUGAUAAAAAAUAUUGUUGUUACCGUACUAUUAUUGUCAGGAUACUAGAAUAAGUUGAUUAAAAAAAUGUUACUCUUGAUUAAAUAGAAAGAAGUAGGAAGGUAUCAAUUUUUUUCUUAACUUAUAAUGCGUUGUAAGUUUUUUGACCAACAGAAAUUACAGUAUUUUUAUGCUUCCCCAAGGAAGUGGCUAACCGAGCUGCCAGAUCUAUUUCCUGAAGGUUUGAUAUCAUGCCGCAAUAAAAGCUACAAAUUGUAAACAUCUCUUUAAUUUUAAAUUAUUUUUAUAAUGUUGUUUUACCAGCUUUGCUUGUACGGUACCACAAAUAACUACAGUCUUGUUUGUUGUGAAUAAAACGCUUUUCCCCGGAGUUUCAAUUGAGUCCCCUUUAUCUGAUGAAUUUGAUCAACUAUAUCCUGUGAAUGAAAUUUGCACAUACCAAUUAUGAGUAGAUUAUGUGGAUAUUUUCCCGCUAUUCUAAUAUUAUUUCCAGAUGUGCUAUGUACAGGAUCUAUGCAAGCAGCUUAUCAUAAAAUACAGGUUAAAGAUUUAAUAAAAUCUGACCAAUCACAGACAACAUUUUGUCAGAUACCAUCAGCACCGAACACAAACUAUUUCCAGAAGAAAUCUGAUUCAGACAAGGACAAACAGAUUCUACCUCCAAGUUCAGUAGUGAAUGGAAAUGCAGCAGUGGUGCACAUUGAAUGCAGUGAUAAAGAGAGACAGAGUACCUCUUUCCAAGGCGAAUAUUACAUGGUCUGCUAUGAUGGCAAAUGGUACCCACGCAGAAACGUGUGCGUUAAGCUUUGUCCGGCUUUGAGUUUACCAAACUCGAUGUUCAAAUGUUACCUCAAAAAUGAACCAGUAUCAUGUGAAGAGAACAUUCGGCCCAAAACAAGGGCUGAUAGAAAAUGCAAAUCCAGCCACAUUCCAGACCAAUUCAGUAUCUCUAAAAAUAUUUGCCAAGACAAUGGCGAAUGGAAACACGAAAUGACUGAUUGCGUUCUAGGACACGGAGUGUUGGAUAGCGUUUCUGCUGAUGUUGAUAAGCUGUUGGAAAUUAUGUGAAGUCUUCAAUGGAAAGUCAACCAAAGCCAACAAUCAGCUUCCCUCUGAUGUCAAGGCAGUCCAGCGAAGAAUUUUCUCCAAACCUAAUUUGUGAGAAUCUUUGUAACUUUUCAAAUAGUUGCGAAUGUGACCAAAUAAUUUUUGUAUACUUCAAAAUAAAUUACAUAAUAAUUGUUAUUCUUGAUAA